GUGUGCGGGGCGGGAGGGGCCUCCCAGGAUCGCAUCUGGAGAGCUGCCGGUGCUCUGCCAGCUUCGGAAGCGGGAGGUAGAGCGGCUGCAGAGCAGCACCCAUUCCCUCGCCGGCCGCACAGUGGCCCCUGAGCGGAAGAGACUCUGCUACAGGCGCUGCCCGCCGCCGCCGCCCGGCCCCGGCUCACCCCGCUCCCUCUCCCGCAGACACCAUGCCGGCCCUCAGACCGCUCGUGAAGCCCAAAAUCGUCAAGAAGAGGACCAAGAAGUUCAUCCGCCACCAGUCCGAUCGCUAUGUCAAGAUCAAGCGCAACUGGCGCAAACCCAGAGGUAUCGACAACAGAGUUCGCCGGCGGUUCAAGGGUCAGAUCCUGAUGCCCAAUAUCGGCUACGGCAGCAAUAAGAAGACGAAGCACAUGCUGCCCACGGGCUUCAGGAAGUUCUUGGUCCACAACGUCAAGGAGCUGGAGGUGCUGAUGAUGAGCAACAAGUCCUACUGCGCUGAGAUCGCGCACAACGUCUCCUCCAAGAACCGGAAGGUGAUCGUGGAGAGAGCGGCUCAGCUCGCCAUCAAGAUCACCAACCCCAACGCCAGGCUGCGCAGCGAGGAGAACGAGUAAACCCGCUUCUGUGGCCCCGACGUAUUUAAUAAAGUGUAAAAACCAAA